UUAGAUGAGAGUGAGCGGAAUAUGUUGAGCUUGUCUUUUGUCCUCCUUAUCUGCUUGAUCGAGAGCGUCGCUGCAAGUACUCCAGAUGCUUACAUUCUAAGAACACGAAGUCUGCCCCCAGAUCUUAAUGUUAUGCCUAGCCUGUCGAAUGGCCAUCUAGGCUAUACGGUAUUUGGCAAUGCCAUAUUCAUGAAUGGCGUAUACAAUGGGGCUGGCGGGAAUAGUAGGCGUGCUCGUAUACCCAAUUGGAUUAAUAUAACUGCAGAAUUAUGUGAUCCAGCUGGCUGUCAAGUUAACAACGAACAUACCGAUAUCAGCUUUGAGAUGGAUUUACGUGGCGGCUACUUCAAAUACAGAAAGGAGUACUCAUCUCUGGGCUUGACUCUGGAGCAACGCACUUAUCCGCAUAGGUAUUAUAAUAGAGCGCUGGUUUAUGAACUAUUAGCCCACAGACAUACGAGUAUUCCAUUAAAUGCAGACACUCAGUAUGUAAAGCUUAGCCAAUAUCCAGGCAAAGUUAGUGACGCCUUCAACUUCGAAGUGCUCAACAAUGGGAGCUUUGCUCUCGAAGAUUACCGCACUCUGCGCGGAGUUACCAAAGUUUUGGAGCUGAAGCAAUUCCAGCCAAGUCCUCAUGAAAUUUAUGUGAUCUUCAGUGAGCCAUUGGAGCAGCCACGUAUACUGGAUUGGCCCACGGGGCAGACGGAACUGCGCCAUCGAAUCAUCAUUUGCAUGGAUCGUCAGCAAACCGUUGCCCAGAAAGAGCUGCAGGAUUUGCUCCAGCUGAGUCCAGCUGCAAUGCUGCAAUCACAUGUUAACGCAUGGACUGACUUUUGGGAUAAACAGUUCUCCAUCGAAAUCAUUGGCAAUGCAUUAGAGCUAUCGCGCAUUGUCAAUGCGGGCAUCUUCUACAUGGCCAGCUCCUUGCCAGCGCUGAGCAGCCAUCAAGCGAAUGAGCCCUACGAUGGAUUAAGCCCUACAGGCUUGGCACGUGGCAAUUUGGACGCCGACUACGAGGGACACAGCUUUUGGGAUACGGAAAUUUGGAUGUUGCCCGUCGUUACGCAGUUCAACUAUGAGUUUAGCAAACAGCUGCUCGACUAUCGCUACAAUCAUCUGGAAGGCGCCAGAUUUAAUGCUCGAACAAUGGGCAACAGGGGCGCAAGAUUUCCCUGGGAGAGCGCCUUCACUGGCACUGAGGUCAUCAAUCCCUGCUGCCUGGAGAUCGCUCAACAGGAAAUUCACAUCUCGCCAGAUAUAUCCUUUGGCCUGCAGAAGUUCUUUGCACAGACAAAUGAUUACGCCUGGCUAUGCCAGCGGGCCUGGCCCAUAGCUGCUGAUGUGGCCGAGUUUCUGGUCAGUCGCUCAGCCUGCGAAGAUACCUGCCACUUCUUGAACGUCAUGGGCCCCGACGAGGAUCACAGCAAUGUGAAUGACAACGUCUACACCAAUGCAGUCUCCAAAAUUGCACUGGACUUUGCUGUUUGGGCGGGGAGUAAGUGCAGCAAUAGCAGCCCAGAGACAUUCGAGCAGUGGCGUCAGCUCAGUGAUAAGCUGAUUAUAUUACACGAUGCUCAACUGGAUUAUCAUCCGCAGCACUCGGGCUACACACUCGGCGAAACUGUGAAGCAGGCGGACACAAUACUGCUCGGAUAUCCACUGCAAUUCGAUACCAGCUCCACGCACCUAAAUGAUUUGCAAUAUUAUGCGAAUUUUACACGCGCCACUGGCCCAGCUAUGACCUGGUCCAUGUUUGCGGCCAAUUAUCUCUCGACGAAGCAGGAUUGGCGUGCCCAUGAGUACUUUGCCCGUGGCUACCAGAACUAUGUACACAAGGAGUUCAAGGUGUGGAGCGAGGUGCCAAUCGGAUACAAUGGCUCCGCCAAUUUCCUAACUGGCAUUGGUGGCUUUCUGCAAUCCCUAAUCUUUGGCUAUGGCGGCCUUAACUUCGCACGAGCGGGCGACACAUCGCAGCUGCAGCUCUCAACACCGAACGUGCCGCCCGAUGUCCAUCAAGUCCUGAUUAAAUACAUCAAAUUCGCCCACAGCAAAUGUGUUUGGACUUUUCAGUACAGCAGCUCCAAUAUGAUCUGCACGGGCCAAGCUAAUCAGAGCUUUGAACUUCUUCAGGGGAAUCAGCGUACGCCAUUGGGCCACAGUUUUAAUGUGACCUUGAAUAGAGGUGAUCCGACUAUGCACAUCAAUGUGAUCAACUAAUCACUACGACAAUUA